AUGGAAGCAUUGACACAUCCAAAUAUCAGUAACAUGAAGAAUAUUAUCAGAUAUAAAGAUAUCUUAAUAGAAAGGGAGGAACUAAAACAAAAGCAAGAACUGGAAGAACAAGGGAUUGAUAUAGGUUGGUUUUCGCAAUUGCAAAAAUACAAGCAAGGGGCAUUGGGGAAAAAAAAUUCCUGUCGAAAGUGUGGGAAAUGCUUCGUUCAGAAAUCGGAUCUUGCUGUACAUCGACUAGUUCACAAGGGAGAGAAAACUUUUAAAUGCCUGGAAUGUUCAAAAUAUUUUGUUCAUCGCUCAGAGCUCGUGAAACACCAGCGCGUCCAUACAGGAGAGAGGCCCUUUAAAUGCUUCGAGUGUGGAAAGUGUUUUUCACGGCAGUCCGUCCUUUCCAACCAUCACCGGAUCCACACAGGAGAAAAACCUUAUGAGUGCCUGGAGUGUGUGAAACGCUUUACUCAGAGAUCACAACUCAUCCGACACCGAAGAGUCCACACGGGGGAGAAACCUUAUAAAUGUCUGGAGUGCGGGAAGUGUUUUGCCCGCCACUCGGUUCUCAUCAAUCACCAGAGAGUCCACACCGGGGAAAAACCGUACAAAUGCUUGCAUUGUACCAAAUGUUUUGCCCGUCAGUCUGUCCUGGUGAGCCAUCAAAGAGUCCACACUGGAGAGAAACCCUACACGUGCCAGGAGUGCGGCAAGCGCUUCGCUCAUCAGUCGAAUCUUGUCAACCACCAGAGAAUUCACACGGGGGAGAAACCUUACAGAUGCUUGAACUGUGGGAAAAGUUUUGCCCAACAAUCUGAUCUCGUGAAACACAGGAGAAUCCACACAGGGGAGAGACCUUACCAAUGCCCACAGUGUGGGGAAAUCUUUUAUGCUCCAUUCAGAUGUUGUCAAUCACCAGAGGGUCCACACGGGGGAGAAGCCUUACAAAUGCCCCACAUGUGGGAAGGUUUCUCUCAACGCUCGGCUCUCGUGGGUCACCAACGAAUCCACACGGGGGAGAAACCGUACACGUGCCUGGCGUUGUAAGAAAUGUUUUGGCUCAGCUAUCCAGUCUUGUGAAGCACCAGAGAAUCCACACAGGAGAGAAACCCUACAAAUGCUUAGUGUGUGGGAAACAUUUUAGGCGACGUUACAUCUCAAGGUCCACCACCGAGUGCAUUCGAGGAGUUAGGCCCGGUGACGACCUUAAAUGAGACGAUGGCUUUGAAGGCCAAGAAAUGUUAUUCAAUAUAGAUUGGCGGACUCAAAUGGAAUACAUUCUGAAUAAUUUACAUUUAGGGUUGGUUUUUUAAAAAAAAAAAGCUUCUUAAAACUAACGCUUCAUUGAUGCCGAUGGAGGAAGAGAUACACUGAUCGCAGAAGUAAUGUUGAAGAGAGAUGUACAACUAAAUCAUGGGAAGGACUGAGUUUUAAUGGCAGUUGUACCUGGGGCCCUAGUGGCUCAGUGGUUAAAGUGCAGUAUCGUAGGCUAUCACUGCCCUCAGCCAGGAGUUCGAUCCUGAUGGGGCUCAAGGUUGACUCAGCCUUCCAUCCUUUUGAGAUCGGUAAACUGAGGAGCAAGAUUGUUGGGGCCUAUAUGCAAAUAAUGCUUAUAUUUUAAAUCCCCCAGAGCGUGCUAUAAAACACUAUGGGGUGGUAUAUCCCAGAGUUUCCCAAAGCUUUCUAGGUUGGCGGCCUGGAGCGGGGGAGGGACAAGUGCCAUGCGCACGCACAAAAGUGGAUGGGACUGGGGUGCGCAAAUAGUGGUAGUGCCUAUGUGGUGAUGCUAGUACAAGUGUGGGAGGGGUGCAUGUGCAUACAUGCCCCCACUGGCCAGCCAACCCUGUGGCCAAUAGGCCACACCUCAGUUAUGGGCUGCAGCCCACAGGUUGGGAACCUCUGUAUAUCAGACUAAAUGCUACUGCUAGUGUUACGUGGAACAAUUGGUUCAGUUGUCCAUGUUGUUCCUCCCACAACAUUUUCGGUCCAUCAAUUUGUCCGUUGUUUAUCUUUCAUCAUACAGAAAUAACAAUUUCCCAAGUGUUUCAAAACAGCAGCAGGCGAGCCACAGUGAAGAGUGUAAAUGCUUGUGUGGGCUCUAUUGAAGUGGUGCUUUCCUUGGUUCAAACUGCAACCAAUUUUUUUGGGGGGGGAGGAGACUUUCUAUGAAGGAAACAAUGUGUUCUGAUCCAGGCUUCCCAAGAUCAGAAAGCAGACCCCUUGUCCCGAUAAAGCCUCUUUUAUUUAGGUUAAAGGGAAUUCCUCUCCAGCAAAGUCCCGGCAAACAGUCUUU